AUAGUUCUUCCCCCUUUCCAUUACAGCACCAAAAACAAGUAACACGUGUUCAACUAGAAAAACAAGAAUACGAGGAGAGCUAAAAACAAAGCAUCAAAAGGCCUGUCCCCCUUUCUAUUAAUAACCAUCCAACCUCAUCCCCAUUUAUAGUGAAUAAAGAGACAAUAGUGGAGAAGAUACUUAUAAUCUUCAGUAGCAGUUGGCUGAUAGAAGAACAACAACUAGAGGGAGAAGGAACAUUGUUACAAGUAGAAAAAAGACAGAAAGAGAGGAGACAGAAUUAAAAAGUAGAGACCCAAAAAAUCUUCGUUCGAUCAUAGGAGAAAAGAUACACUGACAGCCUGUUUGACGAUACCGCUGGCAUUGGUGAGGAGACCCAGAGGCAUCGCACGGCUGGGAACGAGAUACUCCGAGCAGUUUACAUCUACUAGAGUCCAGGAAGAGAUCCAGCUGUAUCUUCAUAAAACCCUCGUCCAACUUUACAACUAGACGGAGUUCACAGGAGUAGUACGCAGCCUAGUUGUACCCACCAGCACUGUCAUUGGGAGCAGCGAGGAGAGCCAUAUAGUACUCCACAACUACUAAUACCACUCAAGUACUCUUCUUGAAAACUAGUACUACAUCAAGAGCCUUCUACUUUCCAAGGUGUGGAGCCACAAGAACAUCUGCAGCCGACUCCUGCGCGGUUGGCCCAGUUUUUUAGGAGUUUGCCCGUUCACUCGUCAGAACGCAGCACCUCCAGAAAGCUUUAGCUUAAAUUGAAAAGCCACUACCUCGUCCACCUCCUAGACUGCAGUACAACUUGUAGGCAAGAACUUUUUCUAGUAGAACUGUGGUAAGUACUUCCAGGGCCGCAAACAUGGUAGACAGCACUACGCACACGGCCGCGGAGGUUCGGGCUUUCGUCUUGAUGACACCUUGGAGCCCGAUAGUUCAUAUUCCGGUUUUAGGGGUCACCUUUGUCAUCAACGCGAAACCGGCGUGGGACGACCAUCCUCCAACUUUUUUAUGGCGAGAAAGCAAAUGAGCUCCCGUUAUCUCAUUUUUCAUUUUUUCAUAAAGUAGAAUAGAACUAGAAGACGAACUUCGGGAGAGUCCUUGUUACUAAUAUUAUGCAGUGCCUUUUCAGUUUCUGAGGAAAAUUCGAUAUGAAAUUGAUUAGAAGACGAGGGGUCCGUCACUGCUGGUGUCCUACAAUAAUUGAAUUAUAUGCCUGAUUCAUCUCCUACAGUCAGAAGUUUUCUAGCAAAUUACUACAUGCGCUGAGGCUCCUUUUGCUUUUUUUCAUUAUGACCGACGUCUUACACGCCGUCUGGCUGGUCCACAUCGCAGUCGUCCAGCAACAAGAAAGGGGAGUUGGUACCCGUAGAUACUAAAAGUGGAGUACUAUGGCACCACCACAGAUCGCCGCAAAAACUACUGCAGCAGCGGCUUUACAAGAUGCUCAUGCCAUCCACUGUGGCCCAGACCGCAUCUUAUGGUGGAGGUGUUACUCAGAAAGAUCAAAUGGCACUAUUCGUUCGAAAUCGAAGUAGAUAUGCCUAGGUCUACUUGAAGACUGGCAUCGACUUGUUGGACAUUUUUAACUUUAUAGAGGUGAUUUUGACCCAAUAACAGCGUCACAGAAUUAUUGCGUGAACUAGUAUGUGCAUGAUGUCCUACAGUCGUUUUCUAAGAUACUUCUGGCGAAACCACGUCAACCGCGUGUCUCCAGCAAUGUAAGAGUCUUUCCAGUACUACUACUAGAGCAACGUCUUCUGCUGGGAGAUUCGAUUUUCUAUUGCGAGAUCCGCAGUAUGUCGUGAUGCGAAAGCGAUCCUUCGUACCACGUGGGCCACAACAGAAGAUCUAUACGUCGACAAUCUCCCAUCAGAACAUCGUUCAGAAUGCUGCAGCUAUUCGGAACGUUGCUACAGCUGCCUCAUCAAGUACUGCUGCUUCUUCUGCUUCUUCUGCUGUUCCAUCGACAAGCAGCUCCUCUUCUUCCACUUCGGUACCAGUACCGGUUACGGUUUCUACUAGGAGCAUGAUCACAUCUUCUACAUGGUGGUCCUCCUCCUUCACGUAUUGGAAUACCAACACUGCUUGUCCGUAUUUGUACGGUAAGAGGAUGAUGUUGCGCUCUUGCGAUCCUUGUUACAACAACUUGUACAAGAGUAAAUGUCAACUUCCAACUUGCGGCGCCAAGAAGAGGUACUAUAGUAGAGGAAAGAGCACUAGAACAAGUACAACUCGUGUCUCUGGAGGACAGCUGUGUACAAAAAAUGCGAAAGGGGAAUUUUUCGGACCUGUGAGACCGCCACUGGAAGUUGUGUCUGCGACGACAGCAGGCGACCUUCUCUUCGGAGCGACGAGACUGUCUACUCUCCGUUUGGCUUAUAUUAUGACUUGAAGAUGAAGAGCGGGUGCAUGUGAUACUAUUUGUGGUACUUUUGAUGCUUCAUCUACUUUCGAGACCUUGUCGUGCUCACGGGGAAAAAUCUUCAAGUACUAGUUGAGGGCUACAUCACUUCGUUGUAUCCUUCAGCAUAUAAUUCCUAUUGGAUCUGAGUAGAAAUGUAGCUGGUUCUCCAUUUCCUCGUCACACAUCAAACAUGUUCAAGAGUUCUUCACCUCUAAUAUCCCCUUGAGUUUCGAUUACGAUUUGCAUCGUCCGCUCUCGCAUUCUGACGUGCUAGUUCGUGCGAUGUUGCUGCAAAACUUGGCCCGUCUCUUGCAUCAGUGGCUACGAUCCCAGAAAAGAAGGUAUUCGAAAACUUCUUGAAAUAACCGAAUUAAUGACUGAAAUAAGGGAGGUAGCUUUGAAAGGCUACGAUCAUUUCAGUACUAUCUUCUGCGUUAUUCUAGUCAUUUACUUGCGUAUUUCAGUUUUUCGAAUACAUUCUUUGCUGGGCUCCCAGCCACUGGCGCAAGAGACUAGGAAAAUGGUUGACGUUGCACUCAAAGUUAUACUAUGAAAAUGGUUGACGUUGCACUCAAAAUUGAUGAAUGCAUUUUGUAAUACGCGAAGAGCCUUCACUACGCGUUCACGGAUGAACCUCUUGUCCUUUGAUUACCCUCUGAUUUUUAACAUCAACAACUGAAUCAGCAACACGCUUAUGCUGAUGGAUGCAGAGGAGGGGUUAGCGAGUAAGGACUUUUGCUUCGUCCAAAAAGACGAGGAUGAGGAGGAGUUCUGUGUGCUUGAUGCUCCUGGUACUUCUACUUCCUAACUCAUAAACUUUUGUUUUGUGCUAGCUAAGACCUGGUUGGUAGUUUUUCAUCUGAAUUUCGAUAAAUUGUAAUAUUGUAAGUAUCUGUAAGAACGUGAACGACCGAAUAUUUAGUGUCUUGUCACCAGCACCUCGCAUGUAGAUCGAGUAAAGGCACCUACUUACCCUUCAGACAACUGUUACUUCAUAUGAGCAUCCACUGAAUAAAUGUCUGAACUCUUGGUCUUAGGUCUUGCUCGGUAAAGCCACCCUCAUUUUCUCCUUAACACUUGGUAGUAGGGACCGUUGGGAAGUUUGACUUUUAGUUCAAUAAGGAUGAUCGACACUUGUUCGAAGUUGAUUCGUGUUUUACACAGUCGGCAUUGAAUUGUCAUUCUACCCGAGUUGAAUUUUAGGUCGUUGUGUGGCUUUUUGAUAGUCUUACUGUUACCUCGUAUGGUGCAGCCGCUGUGUAGCCUUGUCCACAUGCACUGUAUCCGAAACCUAACCAACUGUUACUUGAAUACUUUCUAUGAGCAUCCACUGAAUAAAUGUCUGAACCCUUAUUUAACAGAUGAUGGAGAAACUACGGAGGCUGAAGCCGAUGACUUCUGCGUGGUGGAGGAGUAUGAGGAAAUGCCGCCAGUUUUGGGAAGUGAGGACGAUGUUUGGUGCGAUAACGAUCUUUUGUUGUUAAGGCUACCUCAUAGAUACAACUGCUAAAAUAUGGCUUCGAAGUUGUUCAUGUGGAUCGUUGUCCUUCAAGAAGUUGUGUACUUACUAUGUAUGUAUAUAUUUAUAAUGGUAGUAGCCUGGUAUAAUACAAAUACUAGAAGAUCAACAGGCUGAAAGGGCCUCACAAUCCCAUUUGACAGGAUGGACAAUGAGGUAGCAUGACACGACAUGUUGAUAUUCUUAAAGGAUAGAUACGUACCCCCAUGAACGAUGGUAACAGGGACAAUUGCAUGCAUGCAUUGAAUUGAGGGACGGACUAACAGCUGAAGAUGAUAGUUCUAAUUCUCCAGGACGAAAAAGGGGAAGAGGAUGAAAAAGACGAGGAGGCUGGCGACGACUGGUGCUUCCUGGAUCGCCAUAACGGAUGGGCGGUGGUUUAG